GCCGCGCUGGGAGAGGGCGCGUGCGCAGUGACUCCCAGCCAGCGGAGGUGCCAGAUGCCAUUGCCGCAUGAAGUUGACCAUGGCAGAAGAAGAGGACUACAUGUCUGAUGCCUUCAUUAAUGUCCAAGAAGAUGUGAGACCAGGCUUGCCCAUGCUAAGGCAGAUCCGAGAAGCCCGUCGAAAGGAAGAAAAGCAGCAGGAAGCUAAUUUGAAAAACAGACGGAAGAGUUUAAAAGAAGAAGAACAAGAAAGACGGGAUAUUGGGUUGAAGAAUGCUCUGGGCUGUGAAAACAAAGGGUUUGCUCUGCUCCAAAAGAUGGGAUAUAAAAGUGGCCAGGCUCUUGGCAAGAGUGGUGAUGGUAUUGUUGAGCCAAUUCCCCUCAAUCUCAAGACGGGGAAAAGUGGCAUUGGCCAUGAGGCAUUAUUAAAGCGGAAGGCAGAGGAAAAGCUAGAAAGCUACAGAAGAAAGAUCCACAUGAAAAAGCAAGCAGAGGAAGAGGCAGCAGAGCAAUUCCGGAUGCGAUUGAAGACAAAACAAGAUGAAAUGAAGCUCGAGGGGGAUCUUAGGAGAAGCCAGCGAGCCUGUCAGCAGCUGGAUACCCAGAAGCUGGGUCUGUGUCUACAUUUCCAGAAUAUUCAAGUUCCCCGGGAGCCAUGGUACUGGUUGAAACUUGAAGAGGAGAAUGAAGAAGAAGAGGAGGAGGAAGAAAAAGAGCAAGACGAAGAUGAAUGCGAUGAUUUAGGGGUUCUGGAAAAAUUACAAAUAUUGACCGGCUACUUAAGAGGAGAACAUUUAUACUGUAUUUGGUGUGGAACAGCCUAUGAAGAUAAAGAUGACCUAUCUUCAAAUUGCCCGGGACCAACCUCUGCAGAUCAUGAUGAUUAAGAGGAUUCUCAAUAUAGUAGAAACUGGAGAGAUGUCACUUCCUAAGGAAAAUUAAGUUAAAAGCCCCAGCUUUCUUGACACCAGUAAAUAGACAGAUUCUUUAUAUCAUGGUGUGUGUGUGUGUGUGUGUUAUAAUUUAAAAGUUCCUCAUGUAUUUUACUCCUUUUAUUUUUAUUUUGGGAUGCAGGGGUGACACCUCAGCAUUGGCACUUCUCCAUGGUGCCAUGAACCCCCAGUGCGCUACACUACCAGGGCUUAAACCUGGACCAGUAAGCUAUCUUACUGGCACCUACUCCUUUCUUUCUCCCUCCCUCCCUCCCUCUCUGCCUUCUUUCCUUCCUUCCCUCCCUUCCUUUCCUUCCUUUCCUUCCUUCCCUCUUCUCUUCUCUUUCUUCCUUUGUGUGUAUGUGAGAGCUGAAGAGAAAGCACUAUUCUGCCAUUUUAUAUGAAGCCGGGAACUGAAUGCAGGACCCCACAAACACAAAAUGUGUGUUCUUAAGACUCCUCUUUGUUGAGAGGGAACCAUGAGAACCCUGAAAGCUUGACUUCACACUUCUCCUUCCCAAGGAGCAGCAAGUCCCUGCCAUAUAAGCAUGAGGAGGUAGAGAAAGUACUCCCCUCAGUAAGGCAGUUGUCACAUCACUGUUCUACCAACACUAGUUAUCUCUAAACAGUUUUAGAGACAAAAUAAUGAUCACACUUCCAGUAUAAUUCUGAGUUUUCAGGGCAAUGUAUAUAUCGUUUGUGACUUACUGCAAGUGUCAGUGAAAGAAACUUAAGCAUUAGGAAGACUGUUAAGCAUAUGAUUCAACUACUCAUUGAAUUGGGGAACCCCUUGACACUGUUAUUCUCUUGAGUAUAAGUAUAUGUAUGUAUAAUAUUGAAGUUGAUAUGAUUGGCUACUCUUGUUUAGUAUUUAACUUUUUCUUUCAAGAGAAUAAUAAAAUUGCUAAUGAAUUGAAACAAAGGUGUACUAUUUCUCUUGCAAUUAGAUCUUUUCCUGUCAUUAUUUAAACCAACAUUUAGUCAGUCUUAAAGGUGAUC